UGGAGAAAUGUCCCAGAAUUCCCGGCACCGCUCACCUCUCCUGUCAGCAGCUCCAUCAUCUUCUUGGUGACUUCUAGAAUCUUCUGCAUGUUGUGUCUCUCAGGUUUUAGAGAGUCACAUGGAGGCACGGUGAUGGUCAUAUGAUCACCUGACUUCACAGGAGGAAAUCUCUGUAUUGAGGAACCAAUAGGAAUAUCAUGUUAGAAUCCCAGAAUCCUCCUCACCUCUCCGGUCAGGUCUGUGUUUUAUUAAUAGAGAUAAGAGUGAUGUCAUUCAUGUGACUCCGGUCCUCCUCCAUCCUCAUUGGUGCCAUCAU